UAUUUUAUAUUUGUAAUGAAUUACAUGUUAAUUGAAUACGUUUUGUGUUGCAUUUUGGUAAAUGUGGUUUACUCGGGCCGAAUUUCAUGAUCAAAUUUGGAACAACAAGUAUCUCAGGACACGUGGUAGCUCGGAGCAAAAAUAAUGUAUCUAGAUGAAUAUAUCUAAAUGAUAUGUCAGCUCAAUAUACUAAAUUAAGAUUGAGGAAAAACCAAUGUCUUCGGGAGAAGAAAAAAAAACUACAUUGGUCGCAUGUGGAAGUAAUCGAGGAACGCUUCCAGUCGACGACAGUUUAUGACGCUGAGCUCUAUUUUUUGGGUCCAUAUCAAUACUUUCUGAUGAAUUGCACGGACGUUUGCCAUUGCAAAUCACUUAUUUCUCAAGCCAAAAAGAAAGAGGACCCGCUAACGCCACAAUAGUAGCAGGCAUGUCAGAGUCUGGUCACACUCGGUUUUGUGCAAUUAACGUUAGCUAGCUACUGUGUUUUCCUUUCGUGAACUGCUCUGUCUUGCCAGACAUAUUUAGUAACGUUAAUGUAUUAUUGCAGAAAUGUAACAGGAGUCGACUGUAGUUGCUAGCAAACGUUACAUAAAACCAGUCUUACCAAAUAAUAGAAGAGGAAAGAGAGGACUUAAACGUUACAUGUUGGGCAUUAGCUACAAGGUAGCGUUGCAACUUGGCAAUAAUACUUACGUUACCUAGCUUAGCUUUACUUGCUAGCGUACUAGUGUGGGUUCGCUACUUUGACAGCUCUCAUUACUCUUAACACUUGCAAUAUUAGCUACUAAUGUUACUACAGCGAACAUCUUAGUUAAAGUUAGUUAGCUCGCUGAAUUAUCUGGUUGGCAGUGCCGUUGAGCAUUCAACGGGUAACGAACCUAGCCAUCUUUAUUUUAAGUUAUUUGUACGAACAUAUUUGCCCUAUUUUGCCACAAUGUUCAAGCUUUGUCUUCAGAUAGCUCUACGACCCACCAUCCCAACAAGAGCAGUGCUGGAAAGUGUCACGGUCAGAAAGGUUUUGAAGGUGUCCCACUUGCAAAGUUGUUGGAUGGGAACGCUCGGACGCAACGAGCCGCGGGAACCCCUAAACUCUCCGAAAAGAGCGAAAGAAUUCAUCUACAGCCUUCACCCCAAAGAAAGAAAAUGCUUGCUGAAAGAACUGCAGAGCUUUGAAUCCAUAGCUAUAGCUCAAGACUCUGAGGUGUCCAGCUGCACAAGCCAGUUGCGUGGCCAGAGUGAGACACCUGAAGGAGAAGUGGGGUUACAGGAGACUCACGAGGCUUCACCGCUUACUCGAGCUCAGAUCAAAUACGUGCUUCUACACAAUGCGAUCCCCUUUAUUGGUUUUGGCUUUCUGGACAAUGCCAUCAUGAUUGCAGCAGGAACCCAGAUUGAGUUGUCUAUAGGUGUCACCUUUGGAUUAUCUACCAUGGCAGCUGCAGCUCUUGGGAACCUAGUGUCAGACCUGGCUGGACUUGGUCUUGCCGGAUACGUGGAGGUCUUAGCCUCCAGGCUAGGGAUGCAGGUUCCUGACCUCACACCCAAGCAGGCGGACAUGUGGCAGACCAGGGUUAGCUCCCACAUGGGAAAAGGCAUUGGAGUCACAAUCGGAUGCAUUCUCGGAAUGUUCCCUCUGUUAUUCCUAGGGGAUGAUGAGGAUGAGAGCAAGAAAAAAGAAGCACACACCAACACCACAGACUCUUAACAGCAUGUGAACCAGCUUUCUGGUCUCAGGGUCAAUUGCAAGCUGCAUCAUCAGCAUGAUUUUAAAUGAAUCUCUUAACUCUAGAAAAUCUUUGUUCUCUAUUUCAUAAUAUAAUACUUCUAAUUUAUUCAAAGCGACAUAGUCAUGGGUGCACACAUUUUACUUUCGGGUGGUCCCGGUAAUUGAACCCACUGUGCUGGCGUUGCAAGCGCCAUACUCUACCAACUGAGCUACCAAAUAACCUUCCAAAAAUGUACUAUGAGCCAUUAGGCUUACAAAGUAGUUGCAUUUGAUGGCAAGUUAUUUUCAUAGGAUGGAUUUUGUAGAUGAAUUUGCCUAGGAGUUGAAAAUGAGUUUGAGAUGACUUUAAACCAAUGUUUUAAGAUUGUGAAACAAAGGAACACGUGUGAACUGCUACCUCGAUGGCAUUUUAUUUUUUGGUAUUUGAAAUGGCAAGAGUUGAACUAGCUUGUGCAAUAUAUAUUUUUUGUUGAGGCAUUUCUGUACAGUAUAUUAUGCAUUGAACUUCAUUGAUUUAGUUUGUCAACAAGGAAAAAGCAAUUACGCUAUGAUUAUUAGCACUACCAAACCUGUUUUUCAGACACAUAAUUACAAACAUACCUCUACUAUACGCGCACUAAAUUGAGUGGGUGUAAUGCCUUGGGUUCCUAGCAUGUCAGGCUUAAGUUACCUAUCUUUUCUAACUGCUGAUCUAUGUCUCUUAGCUUUCACAUUUAUUUUUAGCAAAGCCAAUUUUCACAGUCCAUACCAUAGAAGUGCCUCACUUUAUUUUCUUCACAUCACUCUAACCAAAUGUAUUUUUAUGACCUUUUUAAAAACCAGUACGUAGAUUUUAUUUUGUGAAGUAUUAAACUUCAUGUUUGAAAGAACGUCAUUGUUAAUAUGCUUGAUUUUAAAGAAAUUAAGGAAACGAAGUAAGCUGAACAACAGAGUAAAACUGCGCACUCACUGUUUGUUGAAAUGCAAUUACAGCACCUACUAUUCCGUUGCCAUUAUGAUUGACUUUUUGUAGGAUAGUUACUGUUUGUUCACUGAUAGACAACCAUUUGCUUAUGGUGGCCUAAUCAAACUAGUCAUUUAUUGUGUGAAAGGAUCUUUGUGUUUUCUGUCUACGAAUAUUGGUUUUCAUUUUUCCGUUUGCCUUUUCGUAUUACAGUAAAUGCAGUACUUAAACUGGAAUGCCC